AUGACAGACUAUGAGACGCGUCGAUUGGAGAAUAUCAAGCGUAACCAGGCCUUGAUCAGCGAACUUGGAAUCGAGAAGGUCAAGCAAGAAACCUCGACAAGCAAAAGACCACCACCAAAGAAGCGCAAGCUCUCACCUUCAGCCGCACGACCAACACGCGUCUCUGCGCGUAUCGCUUCGACAGACCGCCCAAUCUACAAUGAUGAGCCUUCGAUCAUCAACGACUCAAUCAAGUCGGCGCGAAGAGGUGGAGCGAAGGAAGGACAGAACGUGACAGCAGAUCCUGUCGAGGUCAAAGCCCAAUCGCCUCCACCAGAUCUCGAAGAUAUACGAAAAGGAUGGACAUCCUGGGAGUCGGUUGCGCCNCCACCAACGCGAGAUGAGGAUGGCACAUUCCACUUCGAGGGACACCCGACCUUUCUGCCCAACAAGUCACCGGCCGAGAUGCUCGCCGAAGGUGCCUUUGGCGGCUCUUACUAUCGGCCGCUGUAUUCUAAGAGCCUACGCACAACGAUAGAAGACGAUUGGAAAGAACUUCCUGCUGAAUGGCUUCAAAAUUUGAGCGUGGACAAACAUCUUAUCAGCCCAGACUACGACCCUGAGAUCAACAAGUUCAGGGUCAAGUGUGGGCAGAGUAUAGAAGAGUGGGAAGCAGCUGGUUGGAUAAGUCAUGCCCACGAUGUACGGGGUUGGUUUCAGUGGUACACACGAUUUUGGCUGGGCCGUCGGUGCGACGACGAUGACAGGCAAAUUGGUAGAUGGGAGCGCUGUGUUGGCGAGAGAGGGCGCUGGCGUCGAAUGCUCCUGAAGAAAUACUUGCAAGCUGGAGUUAAGACAGUCGCAGAUGAAGGAGUCGACGAAGAGGAGGUUUCGCCUGUCAUGCAUCAAACCUGUCACCAGUGGGCAUGGGAGGUUCGACAAACAUCACUGGAUGAAGCAUGGGCUGGCCACCUGUGA